AUGCGACACAUAAAAUCUCAAGGCUCGAAUAAGAUAAAUGGAUACUGCCCAGCUAGUGUGAAUGUUAUUUUGUCAGAAUGCACAAAACAAUGUACAGUUACAUUUAUAGAUACACACGUUGGUCAUCUAAAUGAUUUAGGAAACUUACCACUAGACAAAGUAACUAGGGAUAUUAUAGCUAGUAAAAUUUCUGAACAAAUUCCGUUUGAACACAUACUUGAUGAAAUUCGUGACAAUAUUUCCAACAACGUGUUAGAAAGAACACAUCUAUUAACAAAAAAAGAUCUUUAUAACAUUGAAGCAUCUUACAAUUUGAAUAAUGAAUCAGUCAAAAACGAUGCAUUGAGUGUUGAAUCUUGGGUUCAAACUGUGAGAAGUGAUGAAUUUUCCUUAGUAUACUAUAAGCCACAAGUCAAUAUAGAUCCACUAUUUCCAAACCUAAAAAAAGAAGAUUUUGUCUUAAUAAUAAUGAAUAAUUAUCAAAAAUCAAUGUUAGAAAAAAUUGGUAAUGAUGUAAUUUGCAUUGAUGAUACCUAUGCCAUGAAUUCAUAUAAUUUGAAUCUUACCACAGUUUUGAUUCUUGAUGACAUGAGAGAAGGUUUUGCUUGUGCUUUCGUGAUAAGUAAUAGGGUUGAUGAAGGUGUAUUAAAAAUUUUUAUUUUCUCAGAUUAG